CCAAGCAACGACGCAACCAACCUCCCCAGUGCAGGGAAACGGGGACUUGCACUCUUUCCCGUUCACAGUUCCAUCCCCCUUCUAGCGCCGGUACCGGGAUUAGUAUUUGAGCACCGCCCCUUGGAGUGUGCCGGCCCUGGAUUGGUCGAUGAUUCUCUCCAGACAUCUCCUGAAGAACUGCCAUGUCUGCAAAUAGUGCGUCUUCCUCAGAACAGAAUAGCAGCAAUGAAAUGAAAACCUCAAUUCUUCGAAUAUCAGAGAAGAAAUGUUCGUGGGCAUCCUACAUGACCAACUCCCCGACUCUCAUCGUUAUGAUUGGCUUGCCAGCCCGGGGCAAAACCUAUGUGUCCAAGAAACUCACACGCUAUCUCAACUGGAUUGGGGUGCCCACCAAAGUGUUUAAUCUUGGGGUUUAUCGGCGUGAAGCAGUCAAGUCCUAUAAGUCCUACGACUUCUUCCGGCACGACAACGAAGAGGCCAUGAAGAUCCGCAAACAGUGUGCUGUCGUGGCACUGGAAGAUGUUAAGACGUAUCUCACUGAGGAGAGUGGGCAGAUUGCGGUAUUUGAUGCCACCAAUACAACCAGGGAGAGGAGAGACAUGAUUUUGAAUUUUGCCAAGGAGAAUUCCUUCAAGGUGUUCUUUGUGGAAUCUGUCUGUGAUGACCCUGAUGUCAUCGCUGCCAACAUCCUGGAAGUGAAGGUGUCAAGCCCUGAUUACCCUGAAAGGAACAGGGAGAAUGUGAUGGAGGACUUCCUGAAGAGAAUUGAGUGCUACAAAGUCACCUAUCGACCCCUUGACCCAGACAACUAUGACAAGGAUCUUUCUUUCAUCAAGGUGAUAAAUGUGGGCCAGCGAUUUUUAGUGAACAGAGUCCAGGACUACAUCCAGAGCAAGAUAGUCUACUACCUCAUGAACAUCCACGUGCAGCCUCGCACCAUUUACCUUUGCCGCCACGGAGAGAGCGAGUACAAUCUCUUGGGGAAGAUUGGGGGUGACUCUGGCCUCUCAGUGCGGGGAAAACAGUUUGCCCAAGCUCUAAGGAAGUUUCUGGAGGAACAGGAGAUAGCAGAUCUCAAAGUGUGGACGAGCCAGUUGAAGAGGACUAUCCAGACUGCUGAAUCCCUGGGGGUGACCUACGAGCAGUGGAAGAUUCUGAAUGAGAUUGAUGCUGGUGUAUGUGAGGAGAUGACCUAUGCGGAGAUUGAGAAGGAGUACCCAGAUGAGUUUGCGCUUCGAGAUCAAGAGAAAUAUCUGUAUCGAUAUCCUGGUGGGGAGUCAUACCAGGACCUGGUGCAGCGACUGGAGCCUGUCAUCAUGGAGCUGGAGCGCCAGGGCAACGUCCUUGUCAUCUCCCACCAGGCGGUCAUGCGCUGUCUCCUGGCCUACUUCUUGGAUAAGGGUGCAGAUGAGCUACCGUACUUGAGGUGCCCGCUUCAUACCAUCUUCAGACUUACCCCUGUGGCCUACGGGUGCAAAGUGGAAACCAUUAAACUCAAUGUGGAAGCUGUGAACACUCACCGUGAGAAGCCAGAUAACAACUUUCCCAAGAGCCAAACCCCUGUAAGGAUGAGAAGGAACAGCUUUACACCUCUGUCCAGUUCGAAUACAAUAAGGCGUCCAAGAAAUUACAGUGUUGGGAGCCGGCCCCUCAAGCCCCUCAGUCCUCUCCGCGCCCUGGACAUGCAAGAAGGGGCCGACCAGCCGAAGAGCCAAGUCAGCAUUCCGGUGGUGUAACUGUGUUUCCCUCUAGUCCUGGCCUCCUGCCCUUGUCACUAAUCACCAGGGAAUCAUUUAACUUCAACCCCCACCCCCAACACCCCACCAUGACUCUUAACACAAACUUGAGGCCGUGUGUUUUUAGACCAACCUCAUCUAUUCUGCAGUGUGAAACAUCUCCCCAUUUAGGGGCAAGUUGACAAGCUGGGUGUUUUAGAACAGGUGCUCAUUCUAGGUGGUCUGGAGGAGGAGGAAAAGGGAUGAUCACCUCUGGGAUGAUUAGCAUACCUGGGGCUGAGACUGAGCAUGGCCAGUACACUUGGUUCUUCUCAGUCCCUAGUGUGUAAAGUCACUAAAGUCCUUAUGGUGGUACAGUGGGGGUGGGGUGGAGGAGGACACAGAAACCCAUUUUCCCUUCACCUUUGUCUCUUCAAGGUGUGCUUUACUCACAGUUCUUACCUGCCUGCUUUCUUCCCCCUCCCUCAUCUCCCUGUUGGGUUGUCCAUUGUGAUGCAUGCCAUUGUCAUUGUAGUGUCUGUCUAGGAGGGAGGGGAAGGUUGUUGAGAGAGAAGUCCAGGCGCCAUUGAUUUCUCUCAACAGAGGGCCCAAAUGGAUGUGGAUAGGGGUGGGGAGCCUUUCUUUUCCCUUGUCCUUCUCUCAGGCCAGGUCCUGACAGGGUCAGCCUAAACUAUAGAACACUCACAGGUACUCUGGAGGGAGCCAGUAAGUGGAUAUAGGGUGAGAGUUCUUGCCUCCUUUCAUGAGAAGUAGUCCUAAGGCUUUGAUGCCUGGGGGAAAGCUGGCUCUGAGAAUGUGGGAAAUAUCUUGGUUUGUAUUUUUCACUUUAAGAGACAGGCAUGUCUUUUGGAGGCUGUGGAGUGAAGUUUAGGAGAGUAUGAGGGCCCCUAGCUGCUACAGGGUUAUUUUAGAGCAGGUCAUACAUUUUCUCCAGUGGCUCCCAGCUUCUCUGCUACCCACUGCCAGCCAGUGACUUCUGGGGCUGUUUAGAAGGACAGUCACCACUGAUUCAGGAGUCACUACAGAUGUUUGAAUUGCUCAGGUCAAAAGGCAAAGAAGAGUUCGCUAGAGUUGCUAAUUAUUUUCAAGUAAUUUUCAAAACACUCCUUUUUAAGUUGAAGAAUCUGGAGGAGUCUUUAGGACCCUGUGGGGUAUAGCUCUUCAUUGCUCAUAUUUACCUAUUCACUUAUGUCAUUUUAUUUUCUCUGUAGGAUUAAACAGGAAUAGUUUACAGCAGGGAUUCUUAGCCCCUUGAUGACUCAUGAUAGCAUACUUCUCCCCCUAAAUUUGUGUGCAGAACAUACGAAUAUAUGGGUGGCAUUUUUCUGAGAAGCAAGUCUAGGGUGCUCGUAAAAUUUUUCAUUUCAAUUUUUUUGUAUUAAAAAUUGAAAAAAAAAGAUGACCCCAUCCUAAAGUCAUUAAUUUGUCUUUUAGAAGUAACCAGUGAGAACAAGUUAGCUAUUUGCCAAAGUUGCUUUUGGUAAUAGACCUUUUGCCAUGGUUCUUAUCUAGGAGUAUUCAUUAGAACCCCCUUGAGAACUUUUGAAAGGUACACAUGCCCGGGUCCGCUUGAGGCUUAAUAUUCACUCAGAAUCUCUGGGGUUGGGGCCUGCACAUGCCUGUGUUUAACCAUCUUCCCUGUUGAUUCUAAUUCAUACUCCAGGUUCAAUCUCCAUUCUGUGAAGUUGGGUAACAAAUACUGGGGUAGUAGUUCCUUGGACAAAGCAGUAACCUAGGAAUUCUGAAUCCCUCAUGAAGUUAGAUGUUUAGCAGAUCAUAAUAUUAAAUGAAGUGAUCCCCUCAAAAGCAGGCUGCUGUGUUUCAGAGGGUAAUUCUAGGUUCUGGUCCCAUCUUUAACCAUUUACAUGGCAGGGUGAUGUGGGAGAAAUCACUGUGUAAAUAAAUGUCCUUUAUAAUAGCUGGGAAUUUUAAGCACCCUGGAGAUAAGUACUGAGAUAAACCUGUGGGAUAAGAAAGAUUAUCAUCCCAGGCAGCUGACUGAUGACCUUGAAUUCUUGAUUCUUAUAUCUUGAAUAGAACAUCACAGUGAGUUUCCCAAGGCUGCUUGCCCCGAUUCUGCUUGAAAUUUCAUCAGCAUGCUCCUCCUGUUUACCAUUCACAUAAGUGUACCUAGUGUCUCAGUUUGUGAGGCUUUGGGCUGGGUGGGAGUCGGGGUGCAGGUGUACAUAGAAGUAGAAGGAAGGGUGCUUGCCCCAAGAAGUUAUUUUAGAAACAGGGCAUAUAAUUUAUAAUAAGUGAGCAUUUGUGAAAGAGCAACACCUUGUAAAUGUGGACACUAAAGUGGAGUAUAGAUUACUUCUGCCCUUUCUCUUGUCCUUGGCCAUGGGACUAAAAGAGUUGGGAGAGUGAGUUGUGGGCUAGGACAUGUGUAUGGUACUUUUAGGUGGUUGCCUUAUCUAUUUUGCUUGACUGGUUUUUAUCUUUAGCCCAAAUGAGCAUUCAUUCCAUCUUUCCUCCUGCUGUGUUAUGAGAGUAAUUCAGAGUUAAUGAAUGAGAAGAAGGAGCAUUUUGAUCCAGAGACUUUGGAUUUGGCCUUUACAUACUUUUAGUGAGAAGAGAAGUAUCUAACAAACUCUCAUUAUGUUACCUUGUUAUGAGCCCCAGCAUUAGCCACAGGUUACUGGAAUGUUCCUGUGGAUAACUUCUCUGCACUAUUCCCUGUGCUAGUUUGCUUACCUCAGAAGAGGAGCCUGAGGUGGUCUUAUUAUUCUCAGGACACAAGAAAUUACAGUUUGAAAACUGCAAGGGCUUCAGCAUUCUUCAGUUCUUAGAGCAAGAUCUCUAGAGAGGGUUCAGCAGGAAGAACCCAGGAGAACAUAAAAUGGAAUGGAGCUCCAAACUGUAGACAAGUCCUACUUCCUGUCUUUUUUUCCUGUGCUCCUCUCCCAUUCUUGAUUGUGUAUUGGUAGUGCAUCAAUAUUACUAUGAUUAUAUCUCUAUCACAAAGCCUACAAAGAAAAGGUGGCCUCAAAGUACUUUUUUGCUGAGGCUUCAGUUUUGUUAUGGGAGAAAUAGGUGAAGGCUUUAGCAUUUAUCUGUUGAUCAAAAAUUGGGAAAGGAAAAUCAUUAUAUUCAAUUUUUUUUCUCUUUUUCAGUUAUAGUUGACAUUCAUUUACUAUUUUUUUAGAGUGGUAGCUCAGUUGGCUAGAGUGUUAUCCUGAUAUGCCAAGGUUGUAGGUUUGAUCCCCAGUCAGGGCACAUAUAAGAAUCAAUCAGUGAAUGCAAAAAUAAGUGGAAUGAUAAAAAUAAUGUUUCUCUCCCAAAUCAAGAAAAAACAAAACAAAACAGCUAAAUGAGGAAUUCUGUGACAUAUUUGAAAGAGAAAUGUAAAGUAGAUUUAAUCUAAAGCUUCUCUUUCUAUCUCCUAAUCCUCAGAUUUGAAUUAGCUUUUACUAAUUAUCUGUAAUGUCUUGGUUUUGUUUUGUAAGAGGAUUAUUUCACAUUCACUUGGAAAGUAGAAUAGGAAAAUAUUUUAAAACUCUUAAGACUUUGUGUUAAGUGGUCUUACCAUUGUCUCUCUUUGUUUAAAUCCUCACUUGAGGAUGUUUUAUUGAUUUUAGAGAGGAAGGAAGAGAAAGAAAGAGAGAAACAUCAAUUGGUUGCCUCUCAUACCUAUGCUGACUGGAGAUCGAACCUGCAGCUUUUUGGUGUGUGGACAACAGGGUUCAGCCGACUGAGCCACCCAGCCAGGGCUGUCUCUGGUUUUCGUUUUUUUCCCCAAGAAAUUUGUAUUCCUAGGCUGAAUGGUUGAAUAUUUCCUGUGAGGUUCUGGCUCUUAGGAAAUAAAUCCAUAUUAAAUGGUUUUUCUGUGAGCAGGAGAUCUGAGUUCCAGAGAAACUUAUGGGUACUUGGGGUAGUCAAA